GCAUUAAAAUAGCGGCUGAAGAACCGAACCCGAGCAGAGAAGCAACACCACAACAGCAACAACAGCUCUGACAGAGAGAAACACACACACAAACACAACCACCAGCACGCGCUGACGUCAGGGUUCUUCUGUUCAUCCAGAGACAGAAGACACGACGCUGCUCUCGUAUGCAAUCGCACUGGAUAUUUAUGAAGCUUUCAAGGCUUUUUGAUUGAUCGGUCACUCCAUGGGGAUUCUCCGGUGCUUUCCGUCUGGUUUCUCCUGCCCUUCACCCCUCGGCCUGCCCUCCACCCUCUACAGCACCGCCUCUAUACAAAUCAUGAAACUGGUAUUAACUGAAUGGCAAUUGAUAUGGAUUUUUACUGUUUCCAGUAGACAGUAAACACACCUACACACACAGACACAAACACACACCAGUACAUGCGCACACACACACACAUACACACACACACACACACACACACACACACACACACACUCACUCACACAUACACACUGACACAUCACACCAGCAGGAGUGACCUCAUGAUAGAGUCAUAUCCUCCCCUGUCCGACCCAAAUCCCCCGACUUGGCCCGUCCCAGGGCUCCUGCAGGAGGCCUCAUUCAAACGCCAGGUUUCAGGAUAUAUACCUCUCUCUGAGUGCAAUCCACGGCUGAGCUCCUCGACAGAAAGGCUUUAUUCUUCCUAGAUUUGUGUGUGUUUGCUGUUGGUCGUGCGUGGAGCCACACGUGACCCGUGCUCCGAGUGCAUGCCGACGACAGCGAGGAUGGCCCCGCAGAACACCGAGGCCGACGCCGUGCAGAUGCAGGCCCUGGGGCCGCCCGCGGAGAAACAUGGAGGAGGGGGCGGGGCUAACGGAGUGGGCGGGGCCGGAGGGCGGGGCUUGGAGUGUCAGGAGGAGUCAGUCAGUGAGGUUUCUAUAGACCGGAUCCCACUGCGCCAGUGGGUGAUGCACGGAGCCGUCAUGUUCGGGCGAGAGUUCUGCUAUGCCAUGGAGACGGCGCUGGUCACGCCUGUGCUGCUGCAGAUCGGUCUUCCGGAGCAGUACUACAGCCUGACGUGGUUCCUGAGCCCCAUCCUGGGCCUGAUCUUCACUCCUCUGAUCGGCUCGGCCAGCGACCGCUGUACCCUGCGCUGGGGGCGCCGAAGACCCUUCAUCCUGGCCCUGUGUGUGGGCGUCCUGCUGGGCGUCGCGCUCUUCCUCAACGGCUCGCUCAUAGGUCUUGCUUUAGGAGACGUGCCUAAUAACCAGCCGAUAGGGAUCGUGAUGACGGUGUUGGGGGUGGUGGUGCUGGACUUCUGUGCGGAUGCGACCGAGGGUCCCAUACGAGCGUAUCUGCUGGACGUGGCCGACACCGAGGAGCAGGACAUGGCCCUCAACAUCCACGCCUUCUCCGCAGGGCUCGGUGGCGCGGUGGGUUACGCUCUGGGCGGUCUUGACUGGACACACACCUUCUUGGGUCGAACCUUUAAGUCUCAAGAGCAAAUUCUGUUCAUGUUCGCCGCGUUUCUUUUCACGAUCUCCGUGGCUCUGCACCUGUUCAGUAUCGAGGAGCAGCAGUUCAGUCCGCAACAGGACCGUCUGGACGAGGAGGCGGAAACCCAAUCCAGCGUUAAAAUCGCACCGCAGCUCGACAUGAUCCACGAAGACGAGCACUACGGCUAUUAUGACACGGACCGGCGGUCGGAGCGCGAGCUCGAUAUGGACUUCUUAGACGUGGAGAUCGUUCGCUGUAAGAGCGACUCCGUUUUAGCGAUGACCGACGCCACGCUAGACCACCUAGAUCACGAUAUGCUGUUCCUACGCGAAAUCGAGCCGUCAAUCUUCCAAGAUCGCAUUUCUUCCUAUCACGGGUCACCGCCGCGCCGAAGCAGCAGCGCCGGGAGUCAAGAGUUCAUGCGCGGAAAGUUCAGUCGCUUAUCCGCGUUUUUGCAGCAGGUUGAAAGCGAGGGAGAAGAAGCUCUGCUAAACAAUCAGCUCAACGAGUCUAAAGCUCCUAACGGACAUCCGACGGACCUCAACGGACACGGGCCGCCCGGUUUGCAGACCUCAAGCACUAACGCAUCAAUACGCCGAAGACGCCACACGUUCUACCGACAGUCGUCCUGCACGUUCUCAUACUACGGCCGAGUCGGAUCGCACCGCUACCGCUACCGGCGCGCCAACGCCGCGUUCCUCAUCAAACCGUCCCGCAGCAUGAACGACAUCUACGAGAUGGAGAAGCGCCAGAAGCAGAGGAACGGGCAGAGAGCGAGGCAUCAGAGCGGGAACACCAACUCCAGCGGGGACACGGAGAGCGAGGAGGGCGAGACCGAGACCACCGUCAGGCUCCUGUGGCUGUCCAUGCUGAAGAUGCCCAGAGAACUGUUCAGACUGUGUGUGUGUCACCUCGUCACGUGGUUCGCCAUCAUCGCCGAGGCCGUGUUUUACACCGACUUCAUGGGGCAGGUCAUCUACGAGGGAGACCCUACGGCCCCGCUGAACUCCACGGCCCUUCAUAACUACCACCGCGGGGUCCAGAUGGGCUGCUGGGGGCUGGUGAUCUACGCUGCCACCGCUGCCAUCUGCUCAGCUUUACUGCAGAAGUACCUGGAUAACUUUGACCUCAAUAAGGUCAUCUACAUCCUGGGCACUCUGGGAUUCGCGAUCGGGACGGCCGUAAUGGCAAUCUUCCCGAACGUCUACGUGUCUAUGGUGAUGAUCAGCAGUAUGGGCAUCAUCUCCAUGAGCAUCUCGUACUGUCCGUACGCUCUUCUGGGACAGUAUCACGAUAUUAAGAGGUCAGAGUCGCCAUACGUCCAGCACAGUCCCGGGAACUCGAAGCGAGGCUUCGGCAUCGACUGUGCCAUCCUGUCGUGUCAGGUGUACAUCUCUCAGAUCCUGGUGGCGUCGGCACUGGGAGCGGUGGUGGACGCGGUGGGAAGCGUGCGGGUCAUUCCCAUGGUGGCUUCCGGCGGAUCCUUCUCCUUCCUGGGGUUCCUGGCGUCCUGCUUCCUCGUCAUCUACCCGGGGUCCAGCCGGGACGGGGAGAAGAAGGCCUCGGCCUCGUCUAGUAAGACUAACGGUGUCACCGAGAAGCCCAGCUUCCUCAAGCUCACUCGCAAAGGCGCCGCAACCACAACCUGCAAAGUGGAGUGUGAAUCCACACUGUGAAUGUGAUCGAACACGGCUAACAUUCCCCACGGACGCUUUUCUCCUUGUUUUUGUUGGUUUGACUGUUUUAGUCCUGGUGUUGCGGGUCUCAGGGCUGCAUCUCAGGGCCACCAGGGGGCGACCUCUGGGCUGAACUCUUCAAGAGAGAGAGAGAGAGAGAACUGCGCUGGUGUCUCUCGCUCUCAACCACAUGCACUUCCCUUGCACACUUUCAUCCUAAACUAAUCUACUG